UGUACGGUUUUCCACAGUAAGCUCUGGCUUUGUUACAAACAAAAGUUCCCGAGCAUGACUUUGCAUAGGAAUAUACUUUUAUGUUCAAAGUGCUGUUUGCUUUAUUUCACCUCUGUGUGAAUAGUUUAUCUACAGACCGAGGAUGAAGAGUAGAGAGUAGAGGAAACGUGGAGGUGGGAUGUGAAGUGGUCUAGCCAAAUAAAUAAGAUUUAAACUCGCGUUUUUUUUUUAAUCAGCCUGGCAAAAUCACGAAUAAGCCGACGACGCAGGUGAAAGAAUGAGGGUGCAACAAUGAUUUAAAAACGGGAAUCUUAAGAAUCAAGUAUUUUAAGAGGAGAUUUUUCUUUAAUCCUCUUGUUAGAGUAGAGGAGGCAGCAGGGAUACGCCUGGCUUCUGGAACGGCGGACACCGCUCGGAAGCUGAGAUGGGAUGUAUCUGGGCCGUGUGGAGAUCCGUUUGUCCUUGAUUGAGCGGCUUGUUCGAGACUUUUUUUCGCCGUGCAGAGGGUGGUCUCUUUCUUUCUUUAUGUAAAGGUUUUCAACUUCCCUUUGCACCUCUGAUCCUUGUGGACCUUGUGGAUCAUAGGACCGCCCCUGUCAUCAGCUCCUCCUCCCUGGACAUAUACAUAAACACAGGAAUAUAAGUGGAAGAACUCUGGAACGCUCUUCAUCCUUCCUUCUUCACCUCCAUGUUGUUCUCUUUUCAUAAUAUGUCGCUGGAUGACUUACAAACUUUUCUAAUAGCCCCUGAGCAAGGUUUUGCUCAACUAUUGAUAUCAUGUUAAAAUGGGCUGGUGACGCAUGGCAAGAUAUAAAUGACUGAUUACAGAAGGUUCAGCCACUGACCCCUUAUGUUCAUUUCAGUGAUAGCUUGUGGAAACUGAAAACUCUCAAGUGCCUUGUCCUAAAGAACGACACCAGGGCAGUUAAAAAAAUUUCAAUGGAAAUAUGAGACAGUUCCUGUUGUUUUAAAAUUGGGUUGCACUGCACCAAACAUUCCAUUUUGAUGAAGAGGUCCCUCCACCUCUUCAUCCUUUUCUUCAUGUUACCUUUGAAUUUGUUGCACAUUUAAGCUGAAAGUUGCUGGUCGUAUUUCUUGUGUCCACUACUCUUCAUAACCUUCUUCAUAAACUUCAUAACCUUCCUGCUUGUGUUCUCUUUUCAACCCACCACCAUUUGCCCUUCUGCUGCUGUCCUUCCCUCUUGUUCCCGCCCCCAGUCAUCCUCUUCUUCCGCCUCCUCUGCUUCCGCCCCUUCCCUCACCGCAUUCACUACCAUUAUCAUCGCCACCACCAUCCACACACUCAGUCCCACUCUCACCACUACUGGCACCAGUAUCACCAGCUGUUCACUUCUACCCCUUGCUUCUCACUGCCUCCCUUCACGACCUCUGUUGUUACCAUGGCAACAACUGCCACCACCUCUUCCUCAACCCCAUCAUCCUCAUCAUCGCCUAGUGGUAGCGCCAGAGAGCACCUGUUGGCUGUGCGUCGGCGCACUCCGCACACCCGACCAUACACGAUUGGGCCUGACAACCUCUGCAGCUUCUCAGUGCAAGAAGCAGUUGGGGCCUCCACCUCAGCCUCAUCUACAAUGCCAUCAGGGAAUCAACCAGAAACAGCAGGGAUGGGGCUUCAGCGGGCCAACAGUGAUACAGACCUAGUGACUUCAGAAAGUCGGUCAUCACUCACAGCUUCUACAUACCAGCUGACUCUGGGCCACGGCCACCUGGUUAUCUCCUGGGACAUCAAGGAGGAAGUUGAUGCAACAGACUGGAUUGGCUUAUAUCAUAUUGGUGAGAAAAUUCACCUGCUGAAGCAUGGAAAAACUAAUUCAACUAAUGAUGAGACGUGUGUGGCCAAUGUGUGGGAUUCCAAGAACCGUGGAGUGAACGGCACCCAGAGAGGGCAGAUUGUGUGGAGACUGGAGCCGGGACCCUACUUUAUGGAGUUGGAGACGAAGAUCUGCUUUAAAUAUUAUCAUGGUAUAAGUGGAGCAUUAAGAGCAACGACACCUUGUAUCACCAUCAAGAAUCCUGGAGUAGCAGUAAGAAGCGAACGCCAGAUGGAGGAGCAGUCGGGGAAUGAGCACUGUCGGAAACUUGUCAGCUUCACCCUGUCAGACUUCCAGGCACUGGGCCUAAAGAAGGGCAUGUUCUUUAACCCCGACCCCUACCUAAAGAUGUCCAUCCUGCCUGGGAAGAGGAGCGGCCUCCCUAAGUUCACCCAUCAUGGCCAGGAGAGACGCUCGUCAAUUAUUUCCAACACUAUUGACCCUGUGUGGCAUGGGGAGAAAUAUACCUUUGUGGCUUUGAUGACUGAUGUGUUGGAGAUUGAGGUGAAGGACAAGUUUGCCAAGAGCCGACCAAUCAUCAAGCGAUUCCUGGGCCAGCUGAGCAUCCCUGUGCAGAGACUUCUGGAGGGGCCAGUUGCUGAUGAACAGCCAAUCAGCUAUAGCCUGUGUCGUCGUCUUCCUACGGACCAUGUGAGCGGGCAGCUUAUGUUCAGAGUGGACAUCACUUCAGCUGGACAAGAAGAAACUUCCCCAGAGCCAGUGGGAACCAUACUGGGUGGUGCAAUGAAUGGUGACUUUGGCAGUCCCUCUGAUGAUGAAGACCUUCCUCAACUCUCCUCAUCUUUAGGUGCCACAUGUGGACCUUCUCCUACAGGUUCUGAUGAGGGCUUUUUGUUAGUUAAUGGUGCAUGUUAUUAUGGCAAUGACAGUGUGUGGCAGGAGCCUGGGCAAAUGGGAGAGGAGGAUCUGCUUCCUGUGGCUCCGGGCAGCCUCACCAACAGGCAGGUGUCACUUAACGAUUACCUGGAUUCCCUUGAAAGUCCCAGGAGCACUGGGAACCGAUUUACUAUAGGACCUUUACCAAAACUCAGCUCCAGCUUUCCCACAGACACACGACUCAGCUCCAUGCUGCACAUUGACUCAGAUGAGGAUGAGGAAGCAGCUGGGCAGCAGAGGGACCAAUCGCCGGAGACAAAGACACAGGAGGGCACCAACUCAGCUACCCCUGUGUCUCCACAGGGGAACAGUGCUUCAAAUGGACAGCUGCAGUGGUCAUCUGUGGCUGAGCCUGGAUCUCAGGCCACAGUAGAGGCAGGUUCUUCUGCUGGGGCUCAGCCUGGAGCCAACACUGCAGGGGCCAAAACUGGAGCAGGAGCAAAAGAAGGUGCUGCUGGACUCCCAACACACACAGAAGAAUCAGCAGCUGGAACAGAAGAGGCUGCCAGAGCAGUGGCUGGGGCUACACAGUUUACUGGAGAAACCUCCACAGUUUCCAAUUUAUCUCAGGUAUCGACGGCUGAGGCAGCUGAAGCAGUCAGACCUGGAAACCCUGCAGGGGAAUGUCCAUGUCAGGAGCAUGGCAGCAGGACAGGGACAACCCAGGAAGUACCCUCAAAUCCCUCAUUUGGUUCUCUUUCACCCAUUCAGGAAGGGAAAAUAAGAAAAGAAGUGGCUCCAAAGGCAGAGGAGGAAGGAGGGGAGUCAUCAAGCAGUGAGGCAAAUGGGCCAGCAGCAGCAGCUGCUCCAUCCACCAGCACAGCUGAUCAAGGAGGAAGCAGGACCUCUAAAGCUGGUGCCAAGGCACAAUUCAAUGGCCACCAGUCUGUUUGCUCCCUGCCAUCUGUUCGCCAUGACAUCAAUCGCUACCAGAGAGUGGAUGAACCACUGCCACCUGAUUGGGAGGCUCGCAUAGACAGCCAUGGUCGCAUCUUUUAUGUGGACCACGUGAACAGAACAACAACAUGGCAACGUCCAACAGGUCCCCCGGCCCCUCAGACUCUCCAGAGGUCUAACUCCACACAACAGAUGGAGCAGCUAAACCGCAGGUAUCAGAGUAUACGUAGGACAAUGACCAGCGAGAACAGACCAGAAGAGCAGCCAGCCAGUGAGCUCCCAGCUGAUGAGACUGAUAUGCAACCCUCAAUCCCAGAGCUCCGUAGGGACAGCAGCUUGCCUCAGUCCGCUUCCAGGUCUCACCUCACCCUGCUGCUUCAGUCCCCCAGUGCCAAGUUCCUUACCAGCCCUGACUUCUUCACUGUGCUGCAUUCCAACCCUAGUGCCUACCGCAUGUUCAGUACCAACACGUGUCUGAAGCAUAUGAUCAGUAAGGUUCGUCGGGAUGCUCAUCACUAUGAGCGCUAUCAGCACAACAGGGACCUGGUGGCCUUCCUCAACAUGUUCGCUAACAAACAGCUGGAGCUGCCAAGAGGUUGGGAGAUGAAGCACGACCACACCGGCAAGCCUUUCUUUGUAGACCAUAACUGCCGUGCCACCACCUUCAUUGAUCCCCGGCUGCCUCUCCAGAGCUCUCGGACCCCAAGCAUCCUGGCUCACCGCCAACACCUGACCCGCCAGCGCAGCCACAGUGCCGGGGAGGUUAGCACUCGGCGACCGAUGGGUGAAGACCCACAUCGUGGUAGCCCACCUGUUCUGCCACGACCUUCUAGCACCUUCACCUCUGCCAACAGGGGCCAAUGCCAAGACAUUGUACCAGUGGCUUACAACGAGAAGAUUGUGGCAUUUCUACGGCAACCAAACAUCUUUGAGAUUUUGCAGGAGAGGCAGCCUGACUUCAGCCGGAACCAUGCACUCAGGGAGAAGGUGCAGCUGAUCCGCACAGAUGGAGUGUCAGGAUUGGCCAGGCUGUCAGGAGAUGCAGACCUUGUCAUGCUGCUAAGUCUCUUUGAAGAUGAAGUAAUGUCAUAUGUCCCUCCUCAUGCCUUACUUCACCCCAGCUACUGCCAGUCACCUCGGGGGUCACCUGUUUCUUCCCCACAGAAUUCACCUGGUACUCAGAGAGCUAAUGCCAGAGCACCAGCUCCCUAUAAGAGAGACUUUGAGGCAAAACUGCGCAACUUCUACAGGAAACUGGAAACUAAAGGCUAUGGUCAAGGACCAGGGAAACUAAAAUUGAUCAUUCGUCGUGACCAACUCCUGGAAGAUGCCUUCAACCAAAUUAUGUGUUACUCCCGGAAAGACCUACAGCGGAGCAAGCUUUAUGUUAGCUUUGUCGGAGAGGAAGGGUUGGACUACAGUGGGCCCUCCCGAGAAUUUUUCUUCUUGGUUUCCAGGGAACUCUUUAACCCUUAUUAUGGUCUGUUUGAAUACUCUGCCAAUGACACCUAUACAGUUCAGAUCAGCCCAAUGUCUGCCUUUGUAGACAAUCACCAUGAAUGGUUCCGAUUCAGUGGUCGCAUUCUGGGACUGGCUCUGAUCCAUCAGUACCUGCUGGAUGCCUUCUUCACUAGACCCUUCUAUAAAGGCCUGCUGCGCAUUCCCUGUGACCUGAGUGACCUGGAGUAUUUGGAUGAGGAGUUUCACCAGUCUCUUCAGUGGAUGAAGGACAAUGACAUAGAAGAUAUGCUGGACCUCACCUUCACUGUCAAUGAAGAAGUUUUUGGGCAGAUAACAGAAAGGGAGCUGAAGCCUGGUGGAGCCAACAUCCCUGUCUCAGAGAAGACAAAAAGGAAUACAUUGAGCGCAUGGUGAAGUGGAGAAUAGAGAGAGGAGUGGUGCAGCAGACUGAAAGCUUGGUCAGAGGCUUCUAUGAGGUAGUGGAUGCCAGGUUGGUGUCUGUGUUUGAUGCCAGGGAGCUGGAGCUGGUUAUUGCGGGCACUGCUGAAAUUGACUUAUCAGACUGGAGGAGCAACACUGAGUACAGAGGAG